AGCUGAUUGGUGAUCAACAUGAAGUCAUAGUUUUCAAAAAGAAUUUUUAUAAAAAUCAAUUAUCCUAGCUGAAUGCGUUGUUAAAAAAGGAAAAUAUUCUAUUAAAAAAGAAGAAAUAACCUUUAUACGAAUUGAUUUAUAUAUGUAAAGGAUAAAUAAAAUGUUUAAUUAGGAAAAAAUGGUUAGUCUUAAUAAAUCAUUUUUAUAUGGUAUAUGUUUUGCUUCGGCGACUUGGCUAAUAUCUCUCUAUUUAUAUUUUCAAUUAUCAAAAAACGAAAAUUUUUCUACAACUAUUAAAACUAGUAAUUUAAACAAUGUCGCGGUAGAAAAAAUUACUAGUAGCGCUAAUAUUCUUUUCAAAAAAAUAGAAUCUACCGAAAAUAAUGGUGAUACGAAUAAAGAUUUAUCGGAAAUAGGAAUAAUUACAAGUCCUAAAGAUCAAAUAAUUAAAGACGAAGGUUACAAAAUACACGCAUACAAUGUAUUAAUAAGUAAUAGACUCGGUUUAAAUAGAAGUAUACCUGAUACGAGAAAUUCUUUAUGCAAAACACAAUCAUUCCCCAACAAUUUACCUUCCGCUAGUAUUAUUAUUUGUUUUUAUAACGAACAUUACAGAACGUUAUUGAGAAGUGUUCAAUCAAUUCUUGAUAGAACACCCGAUAAUCUGUUGAAAGAAAUCAUUUUGAUAAACGACGAAAGCGACAUCGAAAAUUUAUAUUCCGAUCUCGUGACGUACUUUAAAAAACAAGAAUUUAAAAAAGUGAAAUUAUUCAAGACUGAUAGACGAGAAGGAUUAAUUCGAGCUAGGAUGUUUGGAUCAAGAAAAGCCGAAGGAGAGGUUCUCAUAUUUUUGGAUAGUCAUAUAGAAGUUAAUGUGGGUUGGAUAGAACCGCUUUUAUAUAGAAUCCACGAGAAACGAACAAACGUAGUAAUGCCCAUCAUCGAUAUUAUAAACGCUGAUACUUUUAAUUAUUCCGGUAGUCCGCUUGUUAGGGGCGGUUUUAAUUGGGGUUUACAUUUCAAAUGGGAGAAUUUACCGACUGGUACUUUGCAAAGUAAAGAAGAUUUUAUAAAACCGAUAAAAUCCCCAACAAUGGCGGGGGGUUUGUUCGCUAUAGAUAAAAAUUAUUUCUUAGACAUUGGGGAGUACGAUGCAGGCAUGGAUAUUUGGGGCGGUGAAAAUUUGGAAAUAUCAUUCAGAAUAUGGAUGUGUGGGGGUAGUUUGGAAUUGAUACCUUGCAGUAGAGUAGGUCAUAUUUUUAGACAUAGAAGACCUUACGGCUCCCCUGACGGACAAGAUACAAUGUUACGUAAUUCUUUACGAGUUGCCAACGUCUGGAUGGACUCUUACAAAGAUUUCUUCUUGAAACAACGUUCGGAUGCUAAAAACGUCAAUUACGGUGAUAUUUCAUCUAGAUUACAGCUCCGUAAAGAAUUAAAAUGUUUCGAUUUUGAUUGGUAUUUGAAAAAUGUGUACCCCGAACUUCCCUUACCUUCGGAAGACGGCGAGAGGUUGAAGAAAAAAUGGUCGGCUUUGGAAAAGGACGUUUACCAACCUUGGCACAUAAGAAAACGGAAUUAUAUUGACCAAUUCGAGAUUCGUUUACAUAAUACUAGUCUUUGUGUACAAAGCGGAAGGGAUUAUAAAACUAAAGGAAGUCAUUUGAUUUUGAGGAAAUGUUCUAAAACUAAAAGUCAAAUUUGGUACGAAACUGAUAAAAACGAAUUAGUUUUGGCGCAAUUACUUUGCCUCCAGUAUGGCAAAACAUCUCCGGUCUUAUAUAAGUGCCAUGAAAUGGGUGGCGAUCAAGAAUGGAAACAUAACGGAGGGAAAGAGACUCCGAUUUACAAUUUGGCAGCAGGUACGUGUUUAGCAGCUGAAGAGAAUAAAAUAAACGCGACUAUUACGAUGAAAAUUUGUUUCAACAAUAAUUUCGCAACAUGGGAUCUCGUAACUAUAUAAUUAGUAUUUCGUUAUUUGAUUAGCAGCUAAUUUUAUGUAUUUUUUAAUCUCGAUAUUAUAUAAGACUGAAAUUCAACAAAUUUUAUAACAAACAAAUUAUUUUGCAGUUAUAUUUAAUAUAAAUAAUAGUUCGAAAACUGUUUAAGGUAAUACAUAUCAAAAGUAGUUGGUAAAAAUAGGUUUCGGUUCAUUUUUAGUACUAAAGCUUUGUUACAUCAAACGAAUUCAAUUCCCUAAUAUUUUUUGAGCAUUCGAAUGAUUAGAAUUAAUUACAAUCAAAAUUUAACUAAUAUAAUUACCUACGAAGUGACUAUUCUCUCUUAAAUUUGUCUACAGUUUGUUUAUCGUUCUAUUUGUCUUAGUCAGUACCUUAAAAUUGUCUAAAUGUACCUCCUAAUUGAAAAAAACCAACCUGACAUGUUUUUAUUAGAAGAUAUGUUGAGUAGUUCAUUUGUACCGAACAAUAUAUUGACUUUUUCAAAUGAAUAUAUUCAAUUUAUAACAUUUCUAGAGUAUUUAAAUGAUUUGAAUCAAUUAAAUCACCUACAAAGUGACUACUCUCUUUUCAAGUUAUGUAAAGUUUGUUAAUUUAACUCUUUGUCGUUGUCAGUACCUCCAAAUUGUCUAAUUAUACUUUCUAAUUGGAAAAAACCAACCUGGCUUGUUUAUAUUACAAGAUAUGUUGAGUAGUUCAUUUGUACCGAACAAUAUAUUGAGUUAUUUGUUCAAUUUUUAGUACCUGAAAUGUAUUUUGAAGCUUUUUCAAAUCGAUAUAUUCAAUUGAUAUUAUUUUUUCAAUAUUCAAUCAAUUUGAAUCAAUUAUAUCAACUAAAAAGUGACUUUUCCCAUUAAAAGUAGUCUUCGAUACUUUCUAAUCAAGAAAAACAAAAAUUGACGUAUCUGUAGGAAAAUUUAUGUUGAGUAGUUCAUUUGUACCAACCAAUAAGUGGUUAAUUUAUCACUUCUACUCGUAUUAUGUUUUUAAAUUCAUUUUUGUCUUGAUUUUAGGUCUCGUUUUAUUGAAAUUUUAUGUUUUAUAACUGAAAUUCCGAUAAAAGGAGACCUAAAAUCGAAAAAAAUCAUCAAGAAAAACACACAAAAAGAUCUAAGAAGUGAAAAUUUGGUAAUAUUGAACUAUGGUAGAAAUUGAAAUAUGAUUUAAUCUCGUAAAAAAAGAGCUCAACUGUAUUUUUAAAACGAAUCUCUAUUAAUCAAUUUAUGUAAAAUUUUUAAAAAAACUUUCUAUUUUAUAAAUAAAUUGAUAAUUACUCA